AUGGCUUUCCAGCGAAAGAAGAUCGGUGUGCAGGGUCGCUGGAUAGGCCUGCAGAUCCGCGACAUCAGCGAUGGUGAACAACGCAAGUGGCCUGAGUGCCCCCCUUACAGACCGGCUGAUGACGAAAAUUACCUCAUACAACUAGGACAGGUAUGGGAAGAGCACGGCAAACCAGGCGUCAAUUACUAUAUCGAACGGCUUCCUGAUGGCUAUGGGGUCUUCGAAGUAGACCAGCCAGCUGGUGCACAAACCUACAAGCGGCUCUUCGGCCAUCCGAACGGACGAUACUAUGAUUCGAUACCGAAAUUCACACCCCACUUCUUGUGGCUGAUGGGAGGUAUGGAAGGGGAUUGCCGGUGCCACCUUUGCCGGAAACACCAAUGUCCUCUUGUGCCGCGACAGUCGAGGAAGCCUAGGGAUGUCGUCGAUUUUUCUCUUCUGACUCGACCAAAACGGGACGGACCUACGACCGGUGACGACAGCAGUGAUCACAGCUCUGCCGCGGGCAUUGCUUCUCGGAGACCUCGUCGAGACGUGAGGCAGACUGGUGCCCCUUACGCAGUCGAUGAGGAGGGCACCGACGAUGUUUUCAAACUUUUCAUCAAGCGCCUUGAGCUCGCCAAAGACUCAAACAGAGGCAUAGAUCAGGACAUCGAAGAGACCAGCUCACUCGACUGGCGUGCAGAGCACAACGAGGAGGGCCAUGACCUAAUGCGAUCUCAUCUGACACAAAUUGAGCAUCAGCCAGCAUUCCUGCCACGCAUAGGGGAAACAGUGCUGUGGUGUACUAAUCUCCUCGAUGGUCAACGCUUAGCGCCCGACAAAGUUAGCUCGGAGUACAAGCUGUAUUCCGCUGAACAGGAUCGUUGGUAUGGCUUUCCGGCCUGGCGUGCUGGUGUAAUAACAGCUACACCGUCUGCUGAUGUUCAGAAUCGACCUCUCGGUUUCCAAGAUCUGCUCGUUCCACAGAAGACAACCACAGCUCUCAACAUCGCUGGCUAUCGCGUUGAGACUUUACCAAGUCCGAACAAUGCCUUGGACAAGCCUAUCUCUAAACAGUACAAAUGGGUUCCGUUGAGCUCUAUUCGUCCACUAUCACAAUGGCAGUUUCUUCUCCAUGGGAUACCGGACCAGAAGUUACAUCCUUCAAUAAUGGCAGCACUCACUUGUUCAACAAGCCUCUCCCUGGUCGAAAAGUUCAAAGCAACUGGCCUUUGGCCGAAUGGUGCAAUUCACUGUAAGGGUAUCUAUCUUGGGUCUGAGCUUAUCACAGUUGGAGACACCAUCAGACUCACUUCUCCCCGGUCGACGGACAUUUGUGAAGAUGUGUUGACGGUCGAGUCAAUUCGGCUUCAUCUCGGGAACAUACAACCUGAGCACACUCUGCGCGACUCUCCAUUCCUGGCAAAGACUUCAUGGGUAUCCUUUGUAGGCAAAGCCUGGACCCAAAAUGUCAGCAACGCCUUUAAGGGCCCAGGGCCAAGCAGCACGGUCAGCCCACUUUCCCUAGCUGAGAUGCAGAUAGUCUUCCGUUCCGUUGGUGCCUCUGAGUAUGGUCCGUGGUAUCAUCUGCACAACCCGACGAAGAAAUAUGAAGUAUCUUAUGAGCAAGUCCUUGGAAGACUCUGUGAGGCUGCCGCUGUACAAGUCUGGGUUGGUAACAAUCUUGAAUCGGACACUACGCAAGCCAACAAGCCAGCCUUAGAUUUCGACAUCAAAGGCAUUCUUGCCGCUAGAGCCUAUGCAAGCCAUGCCGACGAAAGAUUGCCAGAAACACAAGGCAAUGAGAUCCUCUGGUUUUGGGCCGACACAAGAGCUGAGGGUCUCGCGGUGGAAUCAUUCAAUGGCAUGGAAGUUGGGCAGUAUUGGCCUGUUAGAGAGACAGAAACACUGGAGCAGUGGCACGGCUUGAUGAGAGUGCUUAACGGAGUCAAUGUGACUACUGCGGAGGUUCCAAAUUACGUGGCUGUCCAGACAUCCACGAGAGGACGGAAGCCAGGAACCAAAGUUGUGAACGGCAAACUGGUAUAUCCUGGCGACCCAGAAUAUGAUUCUGCAAUCGGCGGCCAGGUCAAGCCAAAGCCUAGCAGUCAAAUGGCCGGAGCUGCCUUUGCGUCAACCGAUGAAGAAAGCGAUGAAGACGACGGUGCAGGAGAUAUCAGUAACUGGGCAGCACAGCCAUCAAAGUGGCAGGUGGCAGAAGGUCAGGAUGGCAUUGAAAUUUACCAUCCUGAGAUGGCUGAGUCCCAAGAGCUGUCACCCGAACGACCUACUGCACUAGCUGCUCAGCCAGCUAUACCUGAGCACGUCUCGAAAGCGCCCAUGAGCAAGACGCAGAUCAUGGCUGCAGCGGUUCGACAAAGCAUUGAAGGGGAUGAUCUUGCGGAGAACAUGUCGGAAGAAGAUUGGUAUGAUGCUCCAAUGCCGUUGGCACGUGGUGGUACGGAAGAAAGCUCAGGAGGUGACUACGAUCCAAAGCAACAACCUCGAGGACGAGGCAGGAGAUAUGGGGAUGCUUCAUCAUAG